AUGACAGAGAAGAUCGUGCGUGUCCAUCAACACAUUGCCAAUUAUGGAUCUCCCUACUUGCCCAGCAACACCAGCAACGUUACGAUUGCUUCUAUUUUAAUCCAACAUAAUGAAGCCUUUGAUGGUUGUGAUGUUGAUAUGCGUGGCUGUUUUACCAGUCAUCAAGUCAUCGAACAAAACUCCUGUCAGAUACACUUAUUUNGCAAACGAGGUCCCCGAGGAUUCCAAGGAUCUCCAGGAUCACAAGGACGUCCCGGAUCUCCUGGUAGUGACGGUAAACCCGGUGCUCGUGGACCCCAGGGGUUGAAGGGAGAUACUGGUCCAAAAGGAGACAAAGGAGAUCGUGGACCAAGAGGUCUGUCAUCUCAUUCCAACUGGAAGGAAUGUUCUUGGAAGAAUAUCAAUUAUGUCAAGGACUACGGSUUGAUCAAGAAUUGUUUUUUCCAGAAGAAGUACAGCCAUACCGUUCUCCAUGUCUACUGGAAUGGUGCCUUGAGAAUUUACGGCUGUAACAACUGCUGUAAACGCUGGUUCUUAACCUUCAAUGGUGCUGAGUGCAAGUCCCCUAACGCCAUUGAUGGGAUACUGUACAUGGAAAAAGGAAAGAACCAAAACAUCCAUCGUGUCCGCCAUAUUGAAGGUCACUGUAACAACAUCCACAAGGGAAAAGUACGUGUAGGCCUCAUGUUGGGAAACUGCAAAGGGUACGGUAAUGCUGACGCAUGGACAGGAUGGAAUUCCGUAAGCCGUUUGUUUAUAGAAGAGGUGCCCAGGCCCCAGAAAUGAUCGUCCAUGAACACCACAGCCAACCCAAUGAUAAUUCAUUGCAAGGUUUCUAAAAUAAGAUUAAGAUGAUAAUUACUUGAUAAAGAUAAAAUAGUACGGUUUGUAAUAAACCAUCAGUGGAUUUAGAAUAAGUUAAUAAUGCUGUAAUAAGGUGUUGGGUUCAAUUAAAUCAUGAAUUGAUGCAAA